AUGGAGUCAGGGUCAAGGCGCCGGGAUCAGGACCCACCACCGGAAGGCCGGGAUUACGUCAGGGUCCUGCACCGUCCGGCCCCUCAGCCCGUCCCCCAGCGCCCCACAGCACCCCCCCAUGGCCUUGUCCAAACCGACAGCCCCAACAUCCUGUGCAGCUGCCUGCCUCAGCACUGGAGGUGCAAUAAGACGCUGCCAAGAGCCUUCACCGUGGUGGCCCUGGGUGAUGAUGUGGUGGACGGGGUGGUGGUCACCCUGAUGGCCGGCAAUGAGGACAACAGCAGCGCUGAGCUUCGCAAUGCCACCGCUACCAUGAAGCAAGGCCACGCCCACUUCAAUGACCUGCGCUUCAUAGGACGCAGCGGGAGAGGAAAGAGUUUCAGUCUGUCCAUCAACGUGCUGACCCGCCCCCCUCAGAUUGCCACCCUGCAGGGAGCCAUCAAGAUCACGGUGGAUGGACCACGCCUGCCCCGACGACAGAGACAGAAAGAGGGGAAGUCAGGAAUGUUCCGGUCCACCAACAGCAUCACCACUCUCACACCUUCAGACACUGGCUCCAUCCUCUCCUCUUUCUGGCCCGGUGAGCCGCCGUUUCUUGGCCCUGUGACGUCUCUGGCACCGACGUUCACCACCAGAAUGCAUAGUCUGUCUUCCUAUCCAAACCCUGCUUCUCCUUACCCACACUAUCUCCCCCCUCUGAGCCACAGUGGUCAGUUCCAGCAGGGAAACUUCUACUGUGGACCGAACCAAGCGCUCCACUCCAUGGGGGAUGUGCCCACCCAGUUCAUGAACCACAUUGAAGGGCCCUGUCUUUCCUUCAGAGGGGAGGAGCCUGUUUGGAGGCCCUAUUGAAAUAUUUUAGAGCCAUUAUUUGAGUGUAAUUUGUAAGGAAUGCGAUAACCAUCCAUUCAGUAGUGAGCGAAAUGUGCUGUGAGAAUAUCUGUUCCCAUUGCACCUGCACCUGUAUAAGACUAUUUAAGUUAGAGGCCACCCCAGCUAAUUUCUAAUCAAUCUGGGCAUCUCUUGGUUUCUUUCGGGGAAUUGUUUUGGAGAAUUCAUCUUGCAGGUCUGUGAAAUACAACACUGCUGAACGAUGGAGAAACGUAGGCAGGGAGAGAACGUUUUUUGAGGUUGUUUCAAAAUCUUGCUCUCUUCUGGUCUCUCUCUUAACACCUAUCAGAUGUUACCAACUAGCAGCCCGACUUGUAUCAGAUCUUACAAACUAGCAGCUUCACUGGUAUUAGAUCUUACCAACUAGCAGCCUGAUUGGGAUCAGAUCCUAACACCUAGCAGCCUGACUGAUAUUGAAAUUAUUCAUGGGUCACCAAAUUAAUAUUAUUCAGAGCAAAUGUGAAUGAACAUGAUGUUGCAUGUUAAUCAAUGAUAUCUGACAGGCUGCCCUUCUAUUAUCAUCUAUUUAUUUGUCCUGUUACCAUUUUAUUUAAUUAUGUAUUUUUGAAUGUCAUAAAGUGAUGUGUUUUCUCUUUUUAGUAAUCUUUGUUUUUUGGAAGUAGACAACUGUUUACUUGUGAGAAGAGACGUAUUCAAGCAUUUGAGGACAGAUAAUCAAAAUCCUUCCCAUUCCCAACAAGCAAUGAAACGGUCAAUAAAUCAUCAAUGUUUGUACUUUUGGAAAUUACCCCAUACCAACCCGAUCUGAGGGA